UAUGCGCAUGCGUAAAAAUGGAGUUUAUUGCUACAAUUUUCAAAACAGGGCGGAAGAAUUAGUAAAGUUUCCUAUAAAUAUGUCUGUAGAAGCUAUAGAUAUUAAUAUGCAGAUGAUGGAGUGUUUAUUGAACUAUAUAUAGCCGUAAGAUUUAUACAUCUGCAAUAUUAAAGGGUAAUGCAGUGUACUAAAAUGUAGACGCUGUAUGUGGUAUGAAAGUUUUGACAAGUUUUCGUACAAGCCUUAAUUAACAAGGCCGAUUAAAUAUAAUGAAAUCAUGAAGAUGUAGUUCAUAAUUAUGCUAGACAACUGCAGCGUUGGAGUUACCUUUAUAAUGAUGUGAAAACAAACAUGUUGAAGAACAAACAGCCCCCGCCAAUCCCAGCAGCUAAACCAGUGCGCGAUCGUAGUGUGGGACGAGAAAAGGAAAGGGAAUCCGUAACCGAUCCUAAUCACUGGAGUUUACGUGUUCAAGAGACUCUUGUUUCUGCAUUACCAGAUGAAAGUCUGCAUGUGACUCUGCUUGGAGGUGCAGAUAAUGGAUAUUUUCUAUAUUUAGAUGAAGUUGAACAUGACAAAAUAACCUAUCACAGUGGAAAACUGGAGGCUGGGAAUAUAGUUCUUGAAAUUCAAGGACAGCGAAUCGCUGGCUACACAUUAAGAGAUGCUCUUAUUUGGCUUAAACAAGUCAGUCAAAAUGGGGCACCAGUCAUGAUUAAAUCAGUCAGACCAGGUCAGCUGCCAAAAGACCUUCGACAUUAUUUAGGUUCUCGUUUUCCUAAAGGAUCAAUUGAUCAUGAUCAGCAGCAAACAAUUCGUGAUAAUCUCUACCUCAGAACAGUGCCAUGUACCACACGGGAACCUCGACCAGGAGAAGUGAAUGGUGUAGACUAUACUUUCCUCAGUGAGGCAGACUUCCAGGAACUAGAGAAGAAUGGGAGUCUUCUAGAAAGUGGUAUAUUUGAUGGUAAUAUGUAUGGUACGCCAAAGCCACCUAAAGAUCCUCAAGGUCAGAUACCACGUCGGACAAGCUCUAUAGGUAGUAUGUUGCCUGGAGCACACCCAUCUUCUGAAGGAAAGAGGAGAAGAAAUCGUAGCAACACAGAUUUAACUCCUAAGUCACCUGCCACUUCGAAAAAGAUUCUGCCAGACCCUCCGCCCCGAGGUAAAUCAUUGGAGGAGUCAGAAAGCUCUGAGAGUCUUGGCCCACUACCACCAAACUGGGAAAUGGCAUUUACUGAUGAAGGACACCCUUAUUUCAUAGAUCAUAACACAGAACAGACACACUGGUUAGAUCCAAGAUUGGCUAACAAGUCACCAGAAAAAGUAGGAGAAAAUGACAAUGAUAGAGAGAUGGUGGACUCUGCUGAAUUGCCAUUUGGCUGGGAAAAGGUGGAAGAUCCACAUUUUGGAGUGUAUUAUAUAGAUCAUGUGAAUAGGAAAACCCAGUAUGAGCACCCAGGAGCAGCUUUGAAGAAGAGUGCCACUGCAGAUGAAAUAAAUAACAGUAGUACAUUACCUCGACGAGGGAAGAAUAGUGAAAGUGCACGACGAUCAGCUAGUGAGUCGGACAUGAAUGGUCGAAGUACUCCACCAGCAUGUUCUUGUCUCUGCUGUUCUUCAGCGUACCGCCCCCGAUUGAAGAAAAACAAGACCCCACUCAGUAAGCGAGCUUUGGCAAAGCGGGUGUUUGUAAAGAAUCCUGUAGACCUUCAAGGAGAGGUAUUUCAUACAAGACUUCUGAAAGGAGAAAGGGGGCUUGGCUUCACAAUUAUAGGUGGUGAUCACCCAAAUGAGGAGUUUCUACAGAUAAAAAAUGUUGUAAGAAAUGGACCAGCUUAUGUGGAUGGAAAACUUCAAACGGGUGAUGUUUUAGUACAUGUCAAUGGAGAACUUGUUCUUGGCUAUACCCAUCAGGACGUUGUUCAGUUGUUCCAGACUCUUCAGCCUGGCGAUUUUGUUGAGCUUGAAGUAUGUCGAGGAUACCCUUUACCCUUUGAUCCUGAUGAUCCAAACACUGAGAUUAUUACAACAAUUGCUGUAGGGCAUAAUGACACACGAGGCUCAAAUUCCCCAGCAUCUUAUUCUUCACGUGAAAAUAUGGAUUACCGCCAUGAUUUGUCUUCACGCAGUUUAAAAUCAUUGCCAGAACUUGUAAAAUCAGCAAAUAUGAAUCAAGCAUUAGAUUACUCGCAGCAUAAAGGUUCCGAUUCAAAUACACCGGAUGUUUUAGGUCAAACAACACCAGAAAUUUUGACUAUGGAUAUAGUAAGAGGUGACAUGGGUUUUGGUUUUACUAUAGCAGACAGUACUUAUGGCCAAAAAGUUAAACAGAUAUUAGAUCGGCCGCGAUGUAAAAAUUUACAAGAAGGGGAUUUUAUUCAGCAGAUAAACAAUAUAAAUGUUGGAGAAUUGAAUCAUGCUCAGGUGGUUCAAGUGUUAAAGGAUUGUCCAAUAGGAGAGGAGACAAGAAUUGUUGUGCAGAGGGGAGUGUCAAAUAUUCAAUGCACAGGAAUACCAUUGAAAGGACACAAACCAAGUAAAAUGAAUGAAGACAUUGGUAGAGGGGACUCUGGAAACCAGCCUGGAGCCUACUUUUUUAACGAAAAGGGUGAAAAUACUUCUACAGUGAACUCAACAGGUGAUGGAUAUAUGAACAUGUCAAGAGUCUGUGAUGAAUUGGAUAGCACAGGUUUGCCACCAGAGAUUCCUCGACGUCCCCGCACACCUUCCAAGGAUCAACAGCGUCCAAAAACACCGUCCGAAACUCGCCCUAAAACACCCACAAGACUUCCCUUACAAGGGGACCCUACUAGAACAAAAGUGACUACACCCAAUAGUGCUCAUUUACCAAGAAAGGAUUUAUUUGCUACAGAUAGUUCAAGGGAAUUAACAAACAAUUCAUCAGAUGGUGAUAAUUUUAACACAAAUUCACGGCCCCCUCCAGGACCUCGAUUUGACCAAUUUAGAUCAGAAACUGGUUCAAGGUCAGAUUUUAGGGGUAGAACAAAUAUCAAUAUGCACAAUUCUUAUGAUAGAGACACUUACGGAAGAACUGACAGUGCCCGACCUGGACAGUUCAGAAGCAGAACUCCUGGACCAGAACUUAUGCAAAGAACUCAAAUAUCAGAUUAUCGACCUGAGCCAAAUAGGCCAAAAACUCCAACAGCAUCAGAUAUGAGAAGUAAAACUCCUAUACCUGGUUUAUAUGGACAGGUACCUGGAGGAAAUGCUGAGUUUAGAAACAAUCAUUAUCAGAAUUCUUGGGCAAAUUCUAGUGUUCCUUAUAGAAACUUGGAUGCAAAUUCACGGACAUGGGGAUCUAGUAUUCCGGAAAAUAGUGCAACACCAAAUAUGCAAAGACGUGACAUGUCUGAUACUUAUGGUCGUAUGAAUGCAAGUGUUCCUGUGGGCGCUGGUCGUCCACCUAGGCAAAGUACUUCCUUUGAAAUGGAGGAACCGUCACCAAGCAAUAUGAUGCGGGUUCCAAGAAGGCAUCCGUUUAAUUCAUCAUUCACGAAUCACGGACCAGGCCCUCAAUCUCCUAAGCCAUUCCGAUACCCAGGAAACAUCGAGGACAAUCAGAAAUUUAUAGAAAUGAAUGUAACAUUACACAGGCAAGAAAGUGGAUUUGGAUUUAGAAUCAUUGGAGGUACUGAAGAGGGUUCUCAGGUUGCAGUUGGUCAUAUAGUUGGGGGAGGUGCAGCAGACCAGGAUGGUAGAUUACGUACUGGAGAUGAGAUUCUGUUUUGUGAUGGUAUCUGUGUAAUCAACGCAUCUCACCACAAACUUGUUCAGCUGAUGGGAAAUGCGGGGCUAAGAGGACAGGUUUCGCUGGGUAUCCGCAGAAGGAUAGUUCCAUAUACAGAGGGUUACCCAUAUGAUGUAAUUGUAACACGACGAGAGAACGAAGGGUUUGGCUUUGUGAUCAUAUCUUCGGUAACGAAAGCUGGGUCGACGAUAGGUGAGUUCAUCGAGAGCCAGUCACUGUAUCAUGGUAGAUUUAGUGUAGAUGAUCUCUUCAAUAAGAAAAAUGUGUAUCCUUGGAUUGGUCGCAUCUUAGAUAACAGUCCGGCAGAGAGAUGUGGUCAGUUACGUGUUGGUGAUCGUAUCUUGGCAGUAAAUGGUGUGGACAUCUCACAUCUACAUCACGAGGAUAUUGUGAACAUCAUCAAGGAGUCUGGCUACUCUGUAACUCUCACUGUUGGACCUCCACUAGAUGAUUCUGCAAGCAACACCUCACAAAGGAGUUCCCAGGGUUCGAUGGUGAAUGCAAUGGCAAUGCCCACAUUGAAUGAUACAGAUGGCAGAUAUAGAUACCCACCUCCUCCCCCGCCAAAAGAUAUAAAUAGAUCUAGGAUACUUAAUCAACAGGAUAUCCAAGAUGAGCAGAUAUAUGUGGUAGAUUUGAAUCGUGGCCAUAGAGGAUUUGGUUUUUCUAUCCGUGGUGGACAAGAAUUCAACAACAUGCCAUUGUUUGUACUGAGGAUAGCAGAGGGAGGAGCUGCAGAUGUAGAUAAAAGAUUAAGGGUUGGUGAUCAAUUGUUGGAGAUAAACAAUUACAGAACAGAGAAUAUGACGCAUUCAGAAGCUAUAGAUAUUAUACAGAAUGGUGGACCAACAUUGAGAUUAGUUGUUAGAAGGACUGGGAAACCGCCUCCUAGUUUUGAACCUUCACCAUCACCUGGUGCCCGGUAUCCUACCACUGGGCCUAUGUCAAAUGGUCCUAUAGGUCAGAGUUCACCAUACCUUGGACGUAGAAAUAUUAACUUUGACAGAGAAGAUCAUACAUAUUAUAACCAACCUCCAAGUAGGACGUACUUAAACAAUUGAUAGUGCAAUCAAUUAACAAAUGUAGCAACAUGAAAAUGAUGGCAGCAUAGCUGGACAAAGUCUUCGGCAUAUUGUCAGGUUGCAGGGAAAGGAGAGUUGGAUACUUUUACGUUGGGAGGUUCAGAGAAUACAGUAUUUCCAUUUUAGUCAGGGAGAUUGUACACUUUGAUUUUCUUACAUAGGAAAAAUGUACAAAAUGAAUGUGGAGAGUACCCAGUAAAUAUGUGCAAGGUUGUGGAUUAAACACAAUAUCUGAUAUUAGAAAACAAGCGAAACAACAAUGAGAGAAGAAAAAUGAGGGAAGAACAUGUAACUCAUAAGUUAACAAGUUGAUAUUUUACCCUUAACUAACCUUUGGGCUAGAUACAAUGUUUUGUCUUAAAGGUCUGUUUAUGUUCAAGUAUUUUUUGUAUAUCUGUAGAAUUAUUUCUGUAUCAAGUUCAGAUGAUAAGGGUGAUUGAUUAGUUUUUAAAGCAAAGUAAACAAAAAACUUGAGACAUUGUGAUGAGAGUUAACUAGCAUCUGUUUAUAUCCAGAUAUUGUACAGACAUCUGUCCAUGUCCAGAUGUUGUACUGACACCUGUUCUUGUCCAGAUGUUGACUGACACCUGUUCUUGUCCAUAUGUUGUACUGACAUCUGUUCAUGUCCAGAUGUUGUACUGACACCUGUUCUUGUCCAGAUGUUGUAUGUUGUACUGACAUCUGUUCAUGUUUGGAAGUUGUAAUGACAUUGAUUCAUGUCCAGAUGUUAUACUGCUGGCAGUUCAUGUCCAGAUGUUGUACUGACAUCUUUUCAUGUCCGGAUAUUGUACUGACAUUGAUUUAUGUCUAGAUGUUGCACAGACACCGUUCAUGUCCAGAUGUUGUACUGCUGCUUGUUCAUGUCCAGAUGUUGUACUGAUGCUUGUUCAUGUUCAGAUGUUGUACUGAUGCCUGUUCCUGUCCAGGUGUUGUACUGAUGCCUGUUCCUGUCCAGAUGUUGUACUGACAUCUGUUUAAGUCAUGAUGUUGUACUGACACCAAUAAAUGCUGGGAUGUUGUACCAGCAUUUGUACAGGUCAGGCUGUUGUACAAACAUAUGUUCAUGUCAGAAUGUUGGACAUGACAUCUGUUCCUUUGGAUGUGUAUAUCUGGAAGUGCCUGGAUGCCCUGACGUUAGCUUGAAUUGUUUCAGUACAGAGAUUCAAGUACAACUAAACAAGUUAUACUUUGUGGGAAUGGAAAAGUUAUCACUAAUGUUGAAAAAUGUGUAUGUUACAGGGAUAACAAGGGAUUGUUGAUAAGAAGAUCAAGUUUAAAGAAAAUUAUGCAGUUAGGAUAUUUGUGAUAAAAUAUAUUUUUGUACAAUCUAUAAGAUUGAGCAUAUCUGUGUUAAACAUACAUGCCAGUAAAAUACUGUGUAAGCAUUACUAUUGUGAGUAUUAAAUUCUUUGAAAUUCAUAAAUACUUCAGGUCUCAAUAAAUUAACAAAUUGUUCAUCA